AUGGCCUCCUUUCCAGACGUUCCCCCACCAGCGAUGCAGUCGUUCACGACGGCAACUGGCCAGCCUUACUCACCGUCACACAACAAGCCUGGAAAGUCAGGGUCUGCCAUGGACGCAAUGGCAUCCGUCGAGUCAUAUGGCGCCGGCCCCGCGAACUUGUUACCGAUGAAGUUUACCGAUGACUCGCUCAUCUCGGUUCCCGUCCUAAGACCAGAAGAUGUCGGUCGCCACCACCAAGUAGGAGUGGCCUCGGGAGAAGGAGGCAGCCCCCCUGGGGGAGGAGCUGAAACCAAGACCAUGACUACUGGGAGGCGUUCCUUUUUCCGUCGCAAAUCACAUAACUCCUCCAGCAGCAGCGACAAUUUCAUCAUGCGUCGCAUCCCACGACGUGAGUAUCUCGCGCACUAUGCGAAGGAUGAAGCGGGACGGUAUAUCGGCUCCGAAGAACCGGCCAAAGAUUGUAUUUUGCACGGAGACGAUUUGGUCAAGUUCCGUCGUAACCAUCGAGAUGGAGAAGGAGCAGGAGUGGGUGAUUGGAAGAACGAGAUAUCAUCUUCUUCUUCGAACCCCAAAGAGCCUCAGGCUGUCUGGGAGGAGCAGGAGCAGCAGGAGCAGAAGCAGAAGCAGAGCGAUGAUCCUUUUUUUGCUGCUGGUACAGAUUCAAAGAAGAGAAAAAGUCGUUUUGGAAAGUCGUUUUUCAAAACUUCCAACAAGCGCGAGGAAGAUGCGGCCAUUCAUUGA